AUGGCACCCGCAAUCACGACUGUUGACUAUGAUGUCACCCGUAUUCCUCAAACUGCCCCUAGAUUCAUAACGAAGGGUUCCUGUCUUAUUCCCCGUGAAUUUGUCGACCUUUCGUUGACCCUCGAUGAAUCCCAUAUCCUCAAUGCCGCAGAGUCCCAAUAUUUAGAACAUUUGGAUCCAGAAUGUGCCGAGGAACUCGAUAUCGAAACCAUUCUCGAUGUCUGCUGGUUACUGGUGAUAAACUGUUUCUCGCCCUCGAGGGCCAUGUUCCUCAAUUUCCAUCCGGAAUCGAAUUUCUGCUAUGUGGAUGAUACUUUCCAGCCAGGAAAGAAUUGUCAUGCACUUGAUUUUUCUGCUGAGCGUUCAUUGAAGGAGAUUGUUCAGGACUUCUGCCGUAUUAAGACGGGCUUGGAUUUGAUUUCUCUUGACGACGGGCCAGCUCCUGAUAAGCAGAAGCGCUUCCUUACCUCUGCCAUCCGGUAUGCUGCUGAUCUCGUCACUUUGCAUGAGGCUCCCCCAUUUGUCAACUCGAAAAUCUCCGAGCCAAAGCUCUUGCUUAACGUGACAAAUCAAAAAGGCAAGUUGCACGCAUGCCUCGCCUUCGUGUCGCCCGAGAUCGACAGAGAGUUCGCCACAAGCCUUCUCCACUGCUUCAACAAGGUUGUCGCUUCAGUUCACAAAUCCCCAGAAAUCGCAGUGGAGACUCUCGAUUUAUGGUCUGAUCUUGACCUUAUUCUUAUGCAAAAGUAUACAAAGGAGGUCUCCAGUUCCCACAAUGUCCUGCUUCAUGAAAUGGCCUUGGAGCAUGCCCGACUGACCCCGGAUGCCCCAGCUAUCUGCUCGUGGGACGGAGAUCUCACAUACAAGGAGUUAGACGACCUCACAUCUCGCCUCGCUCUACACUUGGCCAACAUGGGGGUUGGUCCGGAAACCUUCGUUCUCAGCUUUUUUGAAAAGUCCACUUGGGCUAUUGUCGCUCGCCUUGCUAUCUUGAAAGCCGGUGGAGCCUAUAUCUCUAUUGAUGCCCUUGAUCCUCCAAUUUUCCUUGACUCGGUCAUAAGUCGAGUGAAUGCUAAGAUCAUGCUAACAUCCCCGGAGUAUGCCUCAAAAUACGAGUCUCUCAUAUCAAACAUCGUCGCAAUUGAUGCGCACAUGGUCAAAGAAUUAUCAUUACCUGCGGACGGUGGAGUAGUGUGUUCCAAUGUACAGCCGGGAAAUGCCUGCUUGAUUCUGUUUACCUCUGGAAGCACGGGUCAACCCAAGGGUAUCAUCCAAGAACAUCGCUCCUACGCCACAGCAAUUCGGGACUACAAUAAGAUUCUUGGGCUAGGUCGUCAUAGUCGCGUGUUUCAGUUCGACGAUUACGCGUUCGAUAUUAGUAACAAUGACUACCUGACAGCUUUGUCUGCUGGUGGUUGCUGCUGUGUUCCCACACCCGAGAAGACUAUCCCUGCUCUCAUCGAGCACAUGAACAUCUUAAAAGCCAAUAUGAGCUUCAUGACGCCAACCAUCGCCAUUCAACUCGGCCCUCAAGACGUCCCAACACUGGAAUUGCUCUGUGUUGGCGGUGAGCCCAUGUCAAAUGAUUUGCUGGUGAAAUGGGGCCCACAUGUGAGACUUGUAAAUCAGUACGGAAUGGGCGAAGCGGCUACUUUCUGUGCCUACAACGAUAAUCCCAAGUCAGGUCAGAACGCGAUCGUCGGGAAGUCCGGCAGCGGUGCUAUUUGGAUCUCGAAUCCUUCCUGCCCGGAGCGGCCCGUACCCGUUGGCGCUGUCGGCGAGAUCUUAAUUGAAGGGCCCCACCUUUCUCGCGGGUACCUGGAUGAUCUUUGCCAAAAGCCCGAUGUCGGCUUCCUCACCACAGUGCCCCGAUGGAUCGCAGAUCUCCACCCAUCCCGAGCAUCCACCUCUCGGAUUUACCGAUCUGGUGAUCUUGGUCGAUAUUUACACGACGGCACAGUGGAGCACAUGGGCCGGAAGGACACUUUGCUUAAGUUCAACGGCGCCCGUGUGGAGUCGACUGAGGUUGAAUAUGUUCUGCGCAAAACCCUCUCGCCCGGUGACUUUGUUCUUAUUGACCUGUUGGGUCAGAUUGAUGGUGUUGAUGACCCCAUCCUUGUGGCGUAUAUUUAUCUUAUCGAUAACCCCACAAAUCUCCUUCCUGGUGUCUCUGAUCAGGAAAUGUCGUUCCGACCCAUAGACAAUCGUCUGCGUGUGAAUUCUUUGGUGGUUGAGAUGGAGAAAGAAGUCAAAGACACCCUGCCAAUACACAUGGUGCCCAGCUUAUUUAUACUAGUCGAUCGUGUACCCCGUACCAGAUCUAACAAGCUUGAUCGCCGAAAGUUACAUCAAAUUGCCCAAAAAUGGUACAUGAAGAACCGAGAUGUAUUAAGUAUCAACUGA